AUGUUUGGGUGGAGAGUUAUUCGGUCCUUCUCCUCCGUCUCCUCUCUGGUCGUCUCCUUCCUCCUCACUCUCUUCUCCCCUCCUCCUCUCAUCUCUUCUGGCUCCUCUUCCUCUCUAGCUCCUGUCCUUCCUGUCUCUCUCCUCCUCUUCGGUGGUCUCUCUUCUUCCUCUACGGUCUCUUCCAUCUCUUCCAGUCCUUCUAUCUCCUUCGUCCUGGUCCUCACGUCCUUCCUCGCUCCUCAUCCCCUCCUCGCCAUAUCUUCUCUCUCCUCGUCACGUCUUCGCUGGAUCUCUUCUCCUCCUGGCUCUCUCGUCUCAUCUUCGUCAUCCACUCCCACUCUCCUCGCUCUCCUUCUGGUCUGUUCGCUUCCUACUUCUAUCUCCGUCCUCUCGCCGUUCCCUCUCUCUCGUUCUCCUCUUCACAUCUGCCUCGGUAUCCGGUGGUGCCUGCUUCCUGCUCUCUUCGCUUCCUCUCUCGGGUCUGCCUCUCUCGUCUGUGCCAUUCUCCUCCUCCUCUCUGCCGUCCUCGUCCUCCUCCCCUGCUCUCUGUCAUCCUUCGUCCGCUCCGGUGUAUCCUUCUCUCUCCCUCCGUCAUCAUCUCUCUCUCUCCUCCUCUCCUCGUCUCUUAAUCGGCUGCUCUCCUCCGAUCAUCCUGGCUCUCUUCCUCGUCCUCUCCUCUCGUCUAUCAUCUCGCUCUCCUCCGCCUUCUCCCUGCCUCGCUCAUUAGCUCGUGCCUUCCUCCCUCCCUCCUCUCCCCCCCCUUCUCCGUCUCUCUUCUUCCCGUCUCUCCUCUCUCCCUCUCCUCUCUCCUCCUCCUCUUCACUUCUCGGUCCUCCUCCUUCCUCCCCUCUCUCGUCGCUCCUCUCCGCUCCUCCUCUCCUCAUCCUCCUCCCUCCUUCUCUCUCUCUCGUCCUCAUCCCUCUCUCUCUCCAGUCUCCCCUCCGUCUCUCGGUCUCAUCCUCUCAUCGUAUGCUCGGUCUCCUGCCUCUCCCGCCCCCCCUCAUUCAUCAAAUCUCUCCCUCUCUACUUCUUGCUACUCAGCCUCCGUCGAUCCUACGCGCUCCCCAUCUCUCCUCGUCCUCGUCUUCUCCUGCCUCUAAUUCGCUCCUCUUCGACUCACGGGCUGGUCCCUCCGUUCUGCGCCACUCUCAUCCUCUAAUCCUCGACUCUCUCCACCCACACCACCUCGCUCCUUCGGUCUCCGAUCCUCAAGCUUCGCGACGUCUUCCGUCUUCGUCUCCCCAUUACGUCCUCGCCCCUCAUCCCUCUCCAUCACCGGCUCACUCUUCUCUCCUCGUCGAUGUCGCGCUCGUGCAGCUCCUCUCUCGUCCCAUUCCUCCUACGCCUGCGUGCGAAAUCCCCCCAUCUCUCCUGCUGCUCUCUCGUCUCGCUCCUGCUACUGGCUCCAUCGCUCUCCUCCCCUCUUUCACGCUCCGCUCUCUCUCGUCCGUCUUCUCUCUCGCACUCUCGCUCCGUCUCUCCACAGUCUCCCCGGCUCCUGGCUCUGUCCUCUCUCCAUCAUACAUGUCCUCAUGCGCACUCUCGCCCCUCAGCAGGUUCGACCCCAAGCAGGCGACCGACUUCGGCUCCCCCCGCGCAUCGGACAACCCGAACCUAGGACCACCUCACCCCAGCGCCUGA